AUGGACAACAUCCACGCACCGACCGUCCCCUCGGGGCCAUCUUCGCGCCCCAUCACCAACGGCAAUGCCAAGAACUUGUCGUUCGCCGAGUUAUCUCAGAAGAAGGAUGAUAUGGAGGCGGAGCUUAAAGCCCUUAGCGGCGUGCUCGACUCUCACGGCGUCGACAUGGACACUCCUCUGACCAGGGACGGAUUUCCUAGAGCAGAUAUCGAUGUCGCGCAGAUCCGAACUACACGCUCCCGCAUUAUUCACCUUCGAAACGACUACAAGGACCUGAUGGGUGCCAUUGAGAAGCACUUGCACGAGCACUUUGCCAGUCUGGAAGAUACGGACGAUCUGCCAACAGGCAGGACAGGUGCAGGCAUGCUAGGCGACAGCAUUGCCCCAACAUUGGAUGAGCCGUUUGCCAGAGUCAACAGUGUUGUGCCUGCAAGUCCAGCCUACACUGCUGGCCUCAAGGCUGGCGACGAGAUUCGCAACUUUGGUUACGUGAACAGAGCCAACCACGAUGGCCUGAAAAAGGUUGCAGAAUGUGUCCAGGGCAAUGAAAACCAAAACAUACUUGUCAAGAUUUCACGGCCAGGCGAGGCAACCAGACGGCAGGAGCUCCAGCUCAUGUUGACACCACGUCAAAACUGGGGUGGCAGAGGCAUGUUGGGAUGUCACAUUCUUCCGAUAUGA